AUGGGGCACUCACUGACCACCCCUUUGAGCCUCACUCUAGAUCAUCGGCAAGAUGUUCAAGAUCGGGCAAACAACCUGUCCGUGACAAUCAAGAAAAAGAAAUGGAAAACACUCUGCACCUCAGAAUGGCCAGCCUUCAACACUGGCUGGCAGGCAGAAGGGACCUUUAACAUUAAUCUUAUCUUACAGGUGAAAUCCCGAAUCUUUACCCACGGUCCUCAUGGACACCCCAACCAGGUACCCUAUAUUGUCACCUGGGAAGAUCUAACCUCCAAUCCACCCCCUUGGGUGGUUCCUUUUUCUCCACCCAAACCCCUUGAACCUUCUGCUCCCCUCAUCCCCACCUUAAUUAAAUCAGGGGCAACGCCAAAGAAGGUUCUGCCGCCAGAAGACUCAACUCUGAUUGACCUGCUGACUGACGAGCCUCCUCCUUACCAGCCCCAACCCUUACAAGCCCCUGAACCUGAUCAACAAUCCUCAGAGGAGGAAAACAACCAGGAGGGCCCAACUGCCAGUGCUCCCCCGGAUCCAUCUCCCAUGGUGGGACGACUCCGGGGACGUCGAGACCACACUGCCUCGGGGGACACCUCUAAAGUCCUCCCCCUACGACAAACAGGGGGCCCCAAUGGCCAAUAUCAGUACUGGCCUUUCUCUGCCUCUGACCUCUAUAACUGGAAAACCCAUAACCCUUCCUUUACUAAGGACCCUAUAGCUCUAACUUCUUUGAUUGAGUCUAUUCUAGUAACUCACCAGCCAACAUGGGAUGAUUGCCAGCAGCUCUUACAGAUACUCCUCACUUCAGAGGAGAAACAAAAGGUUCUCUUGGAAGCUCGCAAAAAUGUGCCAGGGGACGACGGGCACCCCACCCAACUCCCAAAUUUGAUUAACAAAGCUUUUCCUUUAACCCGGCCAAACUGGGACUAUGCGACUGAAGCAGGUAGGAACCACCUACGUCUCUAUCGCCAGUUACUCAUAGCGGGUUUCCAUGGAGCAGGGCGACGGCCCACCAAUUUGGCUCAGGUAAGACAGACUAUCCAGGGGUCAGAGGAAACUCCAACAGCCUUCUUAGAGAGAUUAAAAGAGGCUUAUCGGAGGUUUACUCCCUUUGAUCCUGAUAGUGAGGACCAGAAAGGAAACAUUUCUAUGGCUUUUAUUUGGCAGUCCGCCCCAGACAUCAGAACUAAAUUGCAAAGAUUAGAUAACCUACAGGAUUUUUCUCUAGCAGAUUUACUGAAGGAAGCUGAGAAGAUAUUUAACAAAAGAGAAACUCCAGAAGAACGAGAAGAUAGGAUUAUAAAGAUGCAAGAAGAACGAGACCUUAAGCUUAGGGAAGAAUCAGAUAAGAGAGAGAGAGAGAAAGACCGGAGGUGUAACAGGGAACUGAAAAAAAUAUUGGCCACUGUAGUUCAGGCAGGACAGCAGGGAGACAAGAUAAACAGGGACAGGGAACGGAGCAAACCCCGUGUAGACCGAGACCAAUGUGCCUACUGCAAGGAAAAAGGACACUGGGUAAAAGACUGCCCAAGGAGACCCCCCAACCCCAGAAGAGGUACAAAUCGGACCCCCCAACUGCUAGCCUUAGACAAAGACUAGGGGAGUCAGGGCCAGGAGCUCCCCCCUGAGCCCCGGGUAACUCUGCAAGUAGGGGGGCAACCUGUGACCUUCCUAGUGGAUACAGGAGCCCAACACUCGGUGCUAACGCAAGCACCAGGGCCCAUGAGCCACAAAACGACAUGGGUUCAAGGUGCCACCGGGAGCAAACCAUACCGAUGGACCACCAAAAGAGAAGUACACCUUGCCACAGGUAAGGUUUCCCAUUCGUUUCUACAUGUGCCUGAUUGUCCGUAUCCACUACUAGGAAGAGACUUAUUGACCAAGUUGAGAGCCCAAAUUUAUUUUAAAGAUGGGAGUGCCUCCAUCACAGGGCCAAACCAGACCCCCUUACAUAUAUUGACUUUCAAAUUGGAAGACGAAUAUAAACUGUUUGACAAACCUUCUGUACCUAUGAAAGAUAUGAACUAUUGGCUUAGUUCUUACCCGGAGGCCUGGGCUGAAACUGGAGGAAUGGGAAUGGCUAAACAACAAUCUCCAAUAGUCGUUCACCUAAAAGCCACUGCUACUCCCAUCAGUAUUAAACAAUAUCCUAUGUCAAGGGAGACCUAUCAGGGCAUCAAACCACAUAUCAAACGCCUCCUAGACCAAGGCAUUCUAACAUCUUGCCGGUCGCCCUGGAACACUCCAUUGCUGCCCAUCAAAAAGCCGGGAACUAAUGAUUACUGACCGGUCCAAGACUUAAGGGAGGUUAACAAGAGGGUAGAAGAUAUUCACCCCACAGUGCCAAAUCCUUACAAUCUCCUCAGCACCUUGCCUCCUAGCCAUACUUGGUAUACUGUUCUGGAUCUAAAAGAUGCCUUCUUCUGCCUAAGACUGUCUCCCCAAAGUCAGGCUCUUUUUGCAUUCGAAUGGAAGGAUCCAGAGGAAGGAGUCUCUGGACAACUGACCUGGACGAGACUGCCACAAGGAUUUAAAAACAGCCCAACACUCUUCGAUGAGGCCUUGCAUCAGGAUUUGGCCGAUUUUCGUGUAAGACACCCUUCCUUAAUCCUGCUUCAAUAUGUAGAUGACAUCUUGCUGGCUGCAGCCUCCAAGGAAGAUUGCCUAACAGGUACGGAGGAAUUAUUGCAAACUUUGGGACUAUUAGGGUACCGGGCGUCAGCAAAAAAGGCCCAAAUCUGUCAGACAAAAGUUACCUAUCUUGGCUAUGAACUCCAUGAUGGUCAACGCUGGUUGACAGCUGCCAGAAAAGAGACUAUCUCGAGUAUACCAGCCCCCCAGAGCCCCAAGCAGCUGCAGGAAUUUCUAGGGACCGCCGGUUUCUGUAGACUCUGGAUUCCUGGGUUUGCUGAGAUAGCAGCCCCCUUGUAUCUACUGACUAAACAAGGUAACUCCUUUACCUGGACUAAGGAGCAUCAGUUGGCAUUUGAUCACCUUAAAUUGGCUCUUCUGUCUGCCCCCGCCUUGGGCCUACCGGACAUUACCAAGCCUUUUGAUCUAUUUGUAGAUGAAAAACAGGGUUAUGCAAAAGGGGUUUUAACCCAAAAGCUGGGGCCCUGGAGGCGACCGAUAGCCUACCUGUCAAAGAAAUUAGAUCCAGUGGCAGCAGGAUGGCCACCAUGCCUCCGGAUGAUAGCGGCUGUGGCCCUUCUGAUUAAGGAUGCCACUAAACUGACUUUGGGACAGCCAUUAACCCUAUUAACCCCUCAUGCCAUUGAGACCAUAAUUCGCCAGCCACCCGAUCGCUGGAUGUCAAACGCCCGACUCACCCAUUACCAGUCUCUGUUGUUGGACACUGACCGAAUUCAGUUUGGCCCCAUGGUGACCCUGAAUCCAGCAACCCUCCUGCCGCUCCCAGGAGAAGCCGAUCCUCACAACUGCCAGCAGAUUCUUGCAGAGACACAGGGGACCCAGCCAGACCUCACAGACCAACCAAUGAAAGAUGCGGAGCUAGUUUGGUACACGGAUGGAAGCAGUUAUCUGCUCAAUGGAGAACGACGAGCGGGAGCAGCCAUCACCACCGAAUCUGAGGUAAUAUGGGCGAGUGCACUUCCGGGCGGGACAUCAGCUCAGCGGGCAGAACUGAUAGCUCUGACUCAAGCCUUGAAGUUGGCAGAGGGGAAGAAACUAAACAUAUACACAGACAGCAGAUAUGCCUUUGCCACGGCUCAUAUACAUGGAGAAAUUUACAGGCGACGGGGAUUACUGACCUCAGAGGGGAAAGAAAUCAAAAAUAAGACUGAAAUAUUAGCUUUGCUUAAAGCUUUAUUUUUACCUAAAAAGUUAAGUAUCAUGCAUUGUCCCGGCCAUCAGAAAGGGGAUACUCCAGAGGCCAGAGGAAACAGAUUAGCAGAUGAGACCGCUAAAAAGGCCGCCCUAGGGCCACUACUUCUGAUAAUGACUCUAUUGCCCCAACGAGCAGACCCACAACAUGAUGACCAUGAGGAACAAUGGGUCUAUGAGGACCAAGAUUUAAGUGUCAUACAGAAACUGGGGGCCACUUACAACCCAGAAGAAAAUACCUGGAAAUACCAGGGAAAGACGAUCAUGCCCCUCAAAAAUGCAAAACAACUGGUGAAGUCCCUACACAGACUGACACAUCUUGGGGCUAAAGAGAUGAAAGAACUCUUAGAACGUGGAGAGGGUACUCUACAUCUUCCAAAUAGGGAUCGACUCCUCCAGCGGGUUGCAGAAAAUUGUCAGGCCUGUGCCCAGGUAAAUGCUGGUAAAGUCAAACUUGGAACAGGAGUCCGGGUUCGAGGACAUAAACCCGGGACACAUUGGGAAAUAGAUUUCACUGAAGUCAAACCUGGUAUGUAUGGAUAUAAAUAUCUUCUAGUCUUCGUUGAUACUUUUUCCGGAUGGGUCGAAGCGUUCCCCACCCGACAUGAAACUGCCAAAACCGUUGCUAAGAAGCUAUUGGAAGAAAUCUUUCCAAGGUAUGGGGUACCCGGGACAAUUGGGUCGGAUAAUGGGCCUGCCUUCAUCUCCCAGGUAAGUCAGAUGGUGGCCAAUACAUUGGGGAUUAAUUGGAAAUUACACUGUGCUUAUAGACCCCAAAGUUCAGGACAGGUAGAAAGGAUGAAUACAACCAUUAAGGAGACUUUAACUAAAUUAACGCUUGAAACUGGCACUAGAGACUGGGUACAACUCCUACCUUUAGCCUUGUAUCGGGCCCGAAACACCCCAGGCCCACAGGGACUAACUCCAUUUGAAAUCCUGUACGGUGCCCCACCACCCGCUGUUAACUUUUAUGAAACUGAAACUUAUGCCUCCCUCACCCCAUCUAUGCAGACUCAUUUACGUGCCUUGCAAUUGGUCCAGAACGAGGUCUGGAAGCCUCUAGCCGCAGCAUACAAAGAGGAACUUAAAACCCCCUAGCUACCACAUCCCUUCAAGGUCGGAGAUACCGUCUGGGUAUGCAGACACCAGAGCAAGAACCUCGAACCGCGGUGGAAAGGACCCUACACCAUUCUGCUGACCACUCCUACUGCAAUCAAAGUGGACGGCAUUGCUGCUUGGAUCCAUGCGUCCCACGUGAAGACUGCACAUCCACGGGAGUCCGCAGAUAACUCUCCGGAUCCAGAAUGGAAGCUACAACGCACCCAAAAUCCGCUAAAGAUAAGACUCACUCGCUGUUGAUUUUUCUUGCUUUGUGCUUUAUCUUCCCCAUAUCAGCCGCCUAUAACCCCAACCAGCCUGUGAGCCAGACAUGGCAAGUAAUAUCGGGGACAGGAGAUAUAGUUUGGGAAAAAACUUCCACAAAAUACCCCCUUUGGGCUUGGUGGCCUACCCUAGACCCUGAUCUUUGUCACCUGCUGGCUGGAGCAGACGACUUUGAUAUCCCGGCUACUGGCCCGGCUAAACCAGGUCCAGAAGUGUGCACCACCAGU